UCCCAGCCCCAUAUAUCUCGAGUUCCUGUAUCUGUAACCACCUCCACCACAACCUACCACCACCUGCCGCGAAUCACCACCACUCCCUUCCCCUCUAGAUCUAUAAAUCUUCAAUCGAUGACAAGAAUGCUAAUCACUUUGCCAGAACUGUAACAACCCGGAAACCUUUGCCGGAACGCUAAUCUGGAAUGACGGUCCAAAUUUCAAGGCGGUGGUAAUCAUGAGCGGACACGAUGUUUGUUGCCGAUUGAAGGCAGAGCUGAUGCUUUUGUCGUUUGAAGGUGGCGUCUGGUGAUAAUCAUGAGCGGAAACAACCGUAUCUCCGGCGGCGGCUUGGGAUCUAGGAUUUUAAGGUUGAUCGACAGCGGUAAACUUGUAAAUGGUCUUCCAGCUAACCCAAUUAAGUGUACGAGACUUUGAUUUUGGUUAAUUUCAUUUGUUUUGCUUCCUAGCUCAUGGAUCUUAUUAGAAAUAGGUUGAUGGGAUUUUGCAAAGUUUUUGGUGUUUAAGGCAUUGAAAUGAAGAAUUUGGACAUUUUACUUGAUUUUUCUAGCAACAGAUUUUUAGAGGGUCCCUUAUUCUAUAGAUUUUAGGUAAUUUUUGUGUUAAAGUUUUGAUUUUUGAAAAGCUAAUUCUGAAGUACCCAUUUAGUAAUUUAUGUAUGCUUGAUUUUUUUUUUUUUUUUUUUGAAGACGCAGUGCCCUGUUGUGUUUAAAAAUAGGAAAUUAUGUAUUCCAAAGCUAAUUCUGACUUCUGAGGUACCCAUUUAGUAAUUUUUGUUACAGUUAUGGUCAGGGUGUAAUUUGAGUAUUUUAGUGUGAAGGUUUUUUGUUCAAUUUUGUUCAGUUUGUAACUCAAGUUUUGUAAGUGGUGCUUAUGGGUGGUGAUGCAGAGAGAGAAAGAAAGAGUGUCUAGGAGAGAGAGAGUGAUGUUCUGGUUUUGAUAAAUGUAGAUGAAGAAGAUGGGAUGGUGGAGGUAGAUGAUGAAGUCUAGCGUGAUGGUGGUGAGAAUGGUGUGGUGGUGGUGUUAUAAAUGAGGAAUCGUAAGGGUGAAGAAACAAGGUGUGAAAAGACAUAAAUACCCUCACAUGUGUUGUAUAUAAUAUGACUUAAUAUUUAAAAUUAACCUGGUUAGUGUUAAAGGACGAAAGGUGUAACGACUUUUUCAAAUAAAGGAUUGUUACUGUAAUUAUUAAAGUUAAAGGGUAUCCAUUGUAAUUCGAUACAAAUAUAAAGGACGAAAAUUGUAAUUUACCUUAAUGCCCAAGUGUGACUAGGAUGCCACAUGUCAUAUAAUGCUUCAUGAUGAGGGCAUUAUAAAUUGCUACCACUACACAUGGUCUAACUUACAGAGAUUAAAGGUAUAACUUAUUCUAAAUAUAAGUACGCAUUGAACAUGAUGGAAGUUCCCUAAAGCUUCCCCUAACUGGAAAAAUGGUAGACAGCAAGGCUGAAAUCAACGGUAGAGAUCCAUCUUCCGUGUGAGUUGUUUGUGGGUAUCAUUCUGCAAUUAGCUUUAACUAUUUGUUAACUUAAAUUUAGAUUUUAGCAAGUCCCUGAUAGGGUUUGUGAAAUUAGUGUAACUCAAUCAGGGAAGUAGAACAGUUUAUUGAAUGAUUUAACGGAUGAUUACAAGCUGAUGAUAUACGACAAGAGAAAAGAAGAACAGAAACAGAGAUAAUCCAGGGCUACGCCCUCUCUCCACGCACAAAUGCAGGAGCCCUAACGAACUAACAUACUCAAUUCCCCCCUCUAACAUGCCUUAUUCUCUAUUACUUAUACUAUCCCCAUAUUACACUUUAGCCCCUUAAGAAUACCUAUUACUCACUUCCCUCUCAUAGCUGAUUCCUAUCAGUCCCCUUCUAAUAUCUGAUUCAUUGUUACUUAAGGCUUUGUUUGUUACAGUUUCACGCUUGUUAUUAAUUCGUAGAGAUUGAUCGAGAUGGUGAUUUGAAUCACUUUUGAAUCUACAAUGCUUUUCAACACUGAUUUCUUGCACCUGAUGGUACAAGAAAGUUCAUUUGUUGCUUCUGGAAAACAAAAUCAAGACGAUGCAAAACGACGACCUACAUUAAAAAGAAAGCACUCACCGAAUCAUAAUGAUUAUCUUGUUUUACGCAAAACCGGAAAAACCUCAGCUGAAAUGACUCCUGAGGUUCCAGAUGAAUGUUUAGGUGUUUCCACUUUUGUCAUAAGUGGAAUACUGGGCAGGAGUAAGAUAAUCAAAAUACUCACCGCUUAUGACACUAGCUAUGCUGGAUCAAUCCUAUUGCCAAAGAAAAGCGUCAAAAACGAGUUACUACCGCUUAUAGAUAGUAGUUUGCACAGCGGAGUCCAUGAUGGAAGUGCGCAAGUCGAAGUUGUUUUGGCCAACGUUACAGAUGGACGCAGUUUCACUCUACACCUUACCUGCAGACGACGGUCAUACAUUUUAAAAAACGUCUAUAAAGUUCUCAAAACAUAUGGAAUAAACACGGGGGAUUUAGUCGAGUUCUAUCCCCGGAAAUUCUUAGAUAAAAAAUUGUAUAUCGGAUUCAAGUUUAGCCAUGUGUCUCCUCGUGUACCAUGAUGGCGAUCAACCAUAUAUAGUAAGUGUGUGUUUAUUGUUUCCAUGAAUCAUGUUUCCUUUCUUCCACUAGUAUCAACUUGCAUCAUAAGAAAUGAAUAUACAAUUGAUGAUUGUU